AUGGAACAACAAAUUUCAGUACUUAUUCCGGGAACUACACAGGUAGCAUCGGAUCAAGAGGCGGUAAAAAAUCACGAUGGAGAUGAUUCGACAACUAUCGCAGAUGCAGCCCCAGUCAAUUUAGUUGCUUCAACAAUACCAACAGCUCUAAUAACACCUGUGAACAGUUCAUCUACGCCACCAAGUACAAGUCUCAUUGACUCGUAUAGUAUACGACGGCGAUCAAUGAUCAGUUCAAACGACGCCACUGAUGGUUCCAUUCAGGUAGAACGAUCCGAUGGCAGCAGUAGUAACACUUUGUUUGAGGAGUUAAGUAACACAGAAAUUAUUGAAAAGUUAAACGGGAUGCGUAAACGUCUUGCCCGGACAAUUCGUGAUCUUCCCAAUGAAUCACCAAAGAAAAAGCAGAACUGUACCGCGGAAAAAACUAAAUUAAUGGAUGCAACGCGAUGCUUAAACGGAGCUUGCAAAGCAAUGAUUGAAGCAGCUUGCGACGGGAAAAUUGAGAAGACGACGGAGAUAAUAAACGAGGUUAUCCAAUGUGCCGAUAAAAUAACGUCGGUCACAGAAAGAUUAAUCACCAAGUCCGACUCAAUUUUUGAGGCUGAAUUAGCUUCAGCAAAAACAGACCAAAUGCUGAAAUCGCUACAAGAUACGAUAAUAUGCUUGGAUAAAGCUGAGGAAUGUGCUGGAAAUAUCGGAAGCCAAACUGUUAACGAAAUGUUAGCUAAAAAUACGGCAUUAAGCGCCAAUAUAGCACAACUAUUGGAGACAUUUUACAGGAGACCAUCCUGA